AUGAUGAAGAUGGCCACCCACGUCUUCCGCCUGGAGGAUGCUGUUAAGAUUAUUGAAGGUGACAAGAAGGGGCUAUUUGGACGGAUUAGCAAGAUCAAGGGGAAUGAAGCAGAUGUUUUCCUUCCGGAGAACGGACUCACAUCGACCUUACCCCUGUCAUCGCUUAGAAAAAACAUCAAAGUCGGAGAUGCAGUACGCGUAACAGCCGGGGUUCACCAGGGGUUCAUUGGGUGGGUUGUGAAUAAAGACAAUGACAAGACAGGAAAUGAAGUAGGAGUUUCUCCUGGCAUCGUUCAGUUUUUUACCCCAGCGUUCCAUUAUAAUGCCACAGCCACUGACUCUAAGCUUCCUUUGAUGGCAGCACAAAAGGACGCAAUGAAGGGUGACCCAAAUAGUCAUCUCAUCGGAAAGCAUGUGACUGUUACCCAAGGCAACUUCAAAAACUAUCGAGGCCAUAUUAAAAGUAUGAUGGGUGAUGGAAGGGUCCUUGUUGAACUCGGGGCGCAACUGCACCGCCCAGAACCUUUCAAGAUUUCUUCCCUUCACCUCAACAUGGAUGCAGGGCUCUUUCCAGUGACUUCCCUUCCCCUGGUGCUGAUGGCUGGCCCCUCCUCUGACUAUCUCCCCUCGCCCAAUACGGCCAACCCAGCAUUGAAGAAUGUUACCCCCUUACCAAUACCAUAUCCUCACAUGCUCCACACGGCACCACCUGAAGUACCAGCAACCCCGCUUCCCAACCCUGGAGAUAUACCUGCAAGUCCUGCUUGGAAUCCCAGCUCAUGUACCCCUCGCCCUGGCAAUGAUGGUGGAAACAUCCAAACAACUACAUAG